AGUCACGCCUGGAGUUGUGUUUACCUCUGAAGUGCAGUAGAAAGAUCGAAGCUGAGUUAGGUUUUCAAUCUGAACAUCGAGGACAGGUUUGAGUCAAAUUAUUAUAACUGGCUAUAGAGUGCUAGUUGUCUUUCAGUAACGUGGUUAUAAUGGUAUUUAAUAACUGCAAGAUUAGCUAGCGAGUCUCAUAGAUGUUUCUGUAGGUUGUAGAUGACAUGCAAGUUAACGUAAGGCUGAGUAAGAAUAAAAUAUAUUGAGGUCCAAUAAGCUCAGAGGUUAAACUUCAUAACAUGGCCUCCAACUUGAUAUCUAAAGUGAGAACAUGCCUGAAACCCUUAAAGCCGUUCACACACCAGGGAAGUUCUGCUUUCCUCAGCAUACAAACUUUUCUGUGUAAGUCACCACAGGUGCCUCUCACAGCACGCUUUCUGUGCACCAGAGACAAUAACCCCAACUCAGGUGGCGCACAGACAGUCAGAAGGAACAUUGGACAGACUAAUGGACAGGGUGGAAUAAAAUACAGAACCAUGAGACAUAGACAAGGAGAGUUGUGGGAAGGCGCAGAGGAUGGAAGAGGUAAGAGCUCCACCCUAAGUCAGAGGUCAUUUUACCCCAAAUCUGUGUUUUCUGCUGGGACGGCGAAAAAGACGGCAGAGAUGUUGAAGAGGAAAGCAGCUCUGGCCUCUGAGGAUGAGGAGGACCUUGAGAAGAAGCCUGAAGGGAGGACAGCUAGAGGAGCAGGGAAGAUGCAGCCUCCUGACCGGCUGCUCUCUGCUGCUGAGUGGAGGAAGCUGAAGGAGUCUCUGGGAAAUCAGGAACGCUUUGACAUCCAGAUGAUGAAUGCGCUGUUCACCUCUGGGGCUGAGCUGGGUAUCGCCAAGUCUCUGCUGACUUUUGUAGCCAUGGAAACAGGGACGCUGUCCUAUGAGCUGUUACUACGGUACCUGACACUGUGUGUGAGAGAUGGCCACGAUGCCGAGGUGUUUGAUGUCUAUGACAUUAUGCAGGAAAAUUUCUCUUCUUUGGAAACGGGAGCCUCCAGCCUUUUUAUCAAGUCCUUCAGCCGCACAGAGAGGUGGAGGGAGGCUAUCAACAUCCUGAAUGAGGUUAAGAAGGUCUUUACCCCAUCACCACGCAACUAUGGGGAUGUCAUUGCAGCAGCAAUGUUACACGGUGACAUGACCACUGCCUGGGCUCUUUAUGAUGAGUUAAUCGAAAAGGGACUGAGUCCACACCAGGAGACCUGGGAAGCUCUGUUUGAGGGAGUGAGGAAGACCAAGGAGGUAAAAGGAGUGGAAGCAGAGGCCAUGUCUCAGUCUGAACACCAGGAGAGGUUACAGGGGAUUCUGCUGUACAUGAGGAACAACCAGAUCUACCCCCAGCACAGCCUCGCCAGCAGCAUCAAGACCUGGUUUGAGAGUCUCACUGGACAGAGAUGGACAGGAAGUUGGACCAGCGCCAACCUGAAGGGUCUGUGCAGGUGUUGUGGGUCAGAGUUAGAGUCCAUCGAGCUGACUGCUGAGGAGUACCAACAACUAAAGGACAGAGCGAUGGCCGACAUCAUUCAGGGACGAGAUGUUUUUAAGAAGACCACACCAGAGGAGUUGGAGCGUUUCAAAGCGUUUGUGAAGAGGAAGCCAGCUUUUGAUGUGGUCGUAGAUGGGCUGAAUGUAGCUAAUCUCAACAAGGACAAAAGCAAGCAGUCAGCGACGUUGUUGGCCGUGGUGUCUGAGCUGGAGCGUCAGGGCCUGACUAUUCUGGUGUUGGGGAGGAAGCACAUGCUGCGUCCCUCCAGAUCCUGGGAGAGACACAACAUGAAUCUUAUCCAGCAAAAAGCCUAUUGCUUCUUCACUGACAACAUUUCCGAGGAUGACCCCUUCCUGCUGUACGCCGCUUUGCAUUCUGGGAAUCACUGCCGGUUUGUGAGUAGGGACCUGAUGAGGGACCACAAGGCUUGCCUGCCAGACGGAGCCACCAGACGCCUCUUCUUCAAGUGGCAGAGAGGCCACCAGCUGGUGGCGGACAUAUGUGUCAGAGGAGGCAGGACGGUUCGAUUUCAGAGUAUUCCCAGCUAUGACACCAUUGUCCAGACUUCAGGAGACUCGUGGCAUAUUCCCUAUGAUGACACAGACGACAGGAGCACCUAUGAAGUACCCCAACAAUGGCUCUGCCUCACGCAAAAGCACUGAAGAGACACACUGAUUUCACAGCAUUUUGGUGUUAAAUAAUUUCUGUGAUUCUUAUGCUUUGAAUGUAACAGUGAACAGGAGAAUAAAACAUUUACUACAACUGA